AUGAACCCAAACAACCAGAACAGGCCUCCUCAAUAUGGUCGACCUGGUGGUGGACCUCAUGAAGAGCAACAGAGAAAUCCACAACAAGCGCGUUCUUUUACACAAUAUCAAAGCAACUCAUCCAAACCCUUUAACGCGAUCCCCUAUAGUGAUGAAGAGGCAGACACCAUCCAAGGUCGACUCAAUAAGGUUUUGGGCCCAGAAUACGUAAGCUUCCGACCUGGUACAGGCGGUCAAAAUGUUUCAUACAUAGAGGGGUGGAAGGCGUUGAACCUAGCUAAUGACAUAUUUGGUUUCAACGGGUGGUCCUCUGAACUAAUAAGUGUGUCUGUCGACUUCUUAGACGUGCAUAACAACGGGAGAGUAUCUUUGGGUCUCUCAGUCGUUGCAAGAAUCACUCUCAAGGAUGGAACUUUCCACGAAGAUUUCGGCUAUGGUUUCAUUGAAAACGCGAAGAACAAAGCGAUGGCCUUCGAGAAAUGUAAAAAAGAGGCAUUCACAGAUGGAUUGAAGCGUUGUCUACGAUGCUUUGGAAAUGUUUUAGGUAAUUGUCUCUAUGACAAGACCAUCAUCGCAAAGAUGCAGAAAGUGAAGGCUCCACCCCGUGAAUUGGAACCUUCAGACUUCCACAGAGACCCCUUAGUUCUCAAGAGAGAAACUCAUCUCCAGCAAAGACGUCAACAAAAUGCAGCACAGCAGGCCCCAGCACCUCAACCAAGAAACAUCCCCAAUGGGCCUGCAAGAAUACAAGAUCAUAACAUGCUGAGAAGCGUGUCUGAUCCUCCAAAACCACAUGGCAAAGCCGGACCACUGGCUAUCAAACCUAGCGAUUUCAAGGAUCUUGAUGAUCUGUUCCAGUUCAGCGAUGAGUUGGGAGAAGAAGAAUUGAACGACCGUUUAGACGAUUACGAACUUCAACUUUUGAAGAAUAAAGAGGAGGAAGCUAAACAAGAAAGUGAUCAAUCAAUGAGGUCCGAUGAAGCUGAUGACGACAAUGGUGCCACGCCCAGCCAAGUUUUCUUCACGAGCUCCAAAAAGGCUUUGGAUGUUCAGAAGAGUCAGGAUCCCAACAGCAUACCAGUAUACGACCAUAAGUUCAUUUCAUCAGGGGUUCGUCGCACAAUUGAUCCUUCGAAGUCAGUGAAGGUCCGUCGUUCAGAUACUGCGCCACAGACUCCUCCAGCAGGUACACAGUCAAAUGUCCCUUCACCGCAGCUAGGCUAUGGACCUGGAAAACGCCCCUUGGGCAUGCCUCCUGGUCAGCGCCAGCCGUUGAAGAGGCUCCACAAAGAUUCCGAUGACGCUGAGAAAGAAAACAAGGCCGUCAAAUAA